UAAUCGAAGCAUUUGCGUUGUAAGGGUUUCGGUUUUCGAGAUUUCGUUUGAAGAUCCAUUUCCAUUGCUUACAUUUUCAAAUUUCUUGCUGUUUUGCUGCUAUUUUCAUCAUCUUCUUCAAGAUUCUUCUUCAGUGUCUCGGAAUUAUUAUUUUUACCGAGAGGGAGAGAUUCUUCAGUUUCUCGUUUGAUUAUAGACACCUGGGAAUGCUGAAACAUGUGUGUAGAAGUCGAGAUUUUCUUCUCUGAGGUUGAUGGGUUCAUUCGUCCAUCGUGGAUACCCUCUUAUGUACUUCAUGAUGUUGGUUAUUUAAUUCAUCAACCACACAGAUGUUCGUACCAAAUACCCACUGCAGCUUGCAAUGCAAGAGAGCCCAUAUUCUCAAAGCACAGUGAUAGUGAAGAUGGUUGAGCUUUCCUCGACUAAUUCUGUUCAGUGGCAGUAAGUGUUGCUGUUUUUUAGUAAAUUAUAUUUGUGAUGGAUAACAAGGGGGCUGUCUUGAUGCAACGUUAUGAGUUAGGAAGGCUGUUGGGGCAGGGAACCUUUGCCAAGGUUUACCACACAAGAGACGUUAAAAGUGGCACGAGCGUGGCCAUUAAAGUAAUCGACAAAGAGAAGAUCUUGAAGGUUGGAAUGAUUGAUCAAAUCAAGAGAGAGAUCUCUGUCAUGAGGCUGGUUAAGCAUCCUAAUGUAGUUGAGCUUUAUGAGGUUAUGGCAAGCAAAACUAAAAUUUACUUUGUCAUGGAAUAUGUCAAAGGUGGUGAGCUAUUCAAUAAGGUAUCCAAAGGAAAGCUCAAGGAAUCUGUUGCACGGAAAUAUUUUUGGCAGCUGAUCAGUGCUGUUGAUUACUGCCACAGUAGAGGGGUAUGCCAUCGAGACUUGAAACCGGAGAAUCUACUAUUGGACGAACAGGGUAAUCUGAAGGUCUCGGAUUUCGGGUUGAGUGCUCUUGCUGAAUCUAAACGUCAAGAUGGAUUGCUCCAUACAACCUGUGGGACGCCUGCUUAUGUUGCUCCAGAAAUCAUUAACAGGAGAGGUUAUGAUGGGUGCAAAGCCGAUAUUUGGUCGUGUGGAGUGAUCUUAUUUGUUCUAUUGGCUGGUUAUCUCCCGUUCCACGAUUUAAAUCUAAUGGAGAUGUAUAAGAAGAUUGGAAAAGGAGAAUUCAAAUUUCCUAACUGGUUUGCGCCAGAGGUGCGCAAGCUAUUAUCAAAGAUUUUAGAUCCAAACCCAAAUACCAGGAUAUCUAUUGCCAAAAUAAUGGGAAAUUCUUGGUUAAGGAAGGGGUUGAAUGUGCAACCCCAAACUAAUGUAGAAGAAGUGAAAGAUACUGCUCCUUUGGACAUCGAUGCUGCAGUUUUUAUGUCGAACACCGAGGACAGAGAUUGUGUUAGAGAGUUGAAGCAAGAAGCGGAAAAGCCAUUGAAUUUGAAUGCUUUUGACAUAAUCUCCUUGUCAGCAGGUUUUGAUUUGUCUGGUUUGUUCGAGGAGACUGAUCAAAAGAAAGAAGUGAGAUUCACAUCCAACAAGCCUGCAUCUACCAUCAUCUCUAAACUGCAAGACAUUGCAAAAUGCUUGAAACUGAAAAUCAAAAAGAAAGACCGAGGCAUACUGAAGAUUGAAGGGUGUAAGGAAGGUCGAAAAGGAGCCGUAUGCAUCGACGCAGAGAUUUUCGAGAUUACCCCAUCAUUCCAUAUCGUGGAAAUGAAGAAGUCGAGCGGAGAUACGCUGGAAUAUCGUAAGAUAAUGAAAGACGAUAUAAGACCCGCUCUGAAGGACAUUGUGUGGACUUGGCAAGGCGAGCAGCAGCAACAACAGCUAAUACAACCGGGAGAACAAGGAGGACAAGAAGAGCAACAACAGUCUCCUAUUUCACCGGUUACUUCUGUAUUGCAUUAUAACACAGGGCUGGCGGAGGCAUCAUAAAGUAUGAGGUACUGUACUUCCACUCCGAUCUUUCAUGUUAUUGUAAUGGUUUUUGCUUAUUUGUUGAUGUCUGAAGCUAAUGAUUUAUUUUUGUGUCUUCGUUUCGGCCUCUCUAUGUUCUAGUUACUUUUCUUAUUUUUAUAAUUUAUAAUGACGACGAUAACAAUCACAAUUCACAAGUUCAUGAAUUUGUCAUAGACCCUUCCCUGACUAAGAUGCUGCUUUGCGGUAUUGAUACACGAAAAUCUUGCAA